UUGUCCUUUUCAUGUUACAUAAUAUUGGUAUUAAAGAGGAAUAGGAAAGAAGCAAUUACUCAAGAAUAUGACGUCCCCUGUUUUUAAAUUCUUACUUGAUUCACCUACUUAAAUUUUUUGCUUCAACUAAUCUAAUUGUCAAAGAAACUUUUAUUGUAAGCCAAACCUUCCAACACUUUUUGGACUCACUGAUUCAUCUCCUGGGUAUCAUGUGAAUAUUCUGACUGUUUAUAUCAGUGAAAAAAAUUGUACAUUUGCAAAUUGAUAGAAAGAUGGAUUUCAUAUUUAGGAUUUUAUUAGCUUUUAUGCUUCAUUUAUGCUAUUUAAGCAAGUAGGCACAUGUGAAAGACCGAUAUCAAUUAGCCAUUACAUAAUUAUUUCGCAUCUGUUAAGUCUGUGCGCUGAGGAACACAGUGUGAAUAAGCCAGGCCUAGACCCUCAUCUCUAAAGACUUGCAGUCAAGGAUUGCAGGAGUUUUUGGAAUGUUGAACAGAUGCUGAGCAGAGCUUCUUUUCAUCCAGUCCUCAGGGGAGCUGGUCAGUCAAAUCUGCCAAAAUUCUCUGCCUCUGUGUAUCCUAUCCCUUGGGGGUUUAGCAAAAAGGGCAAUAAUCCUCUGAGUCAGAGAGCAGACCAUCCCUCAUCCUUCACAGCAGCUGGAUACUACCGUGUCCCCUUGCCCCCUGAUGUAUGGGCAGACAGUACUAAAUAUAAUGGAAAGCCAAAAUACUUAACUGGAAACCCUUUGUCAUAUUAAGUAGAUCUCUCUUUGCUUCAAGCUGUAAAGCUGAUGAGUGUUCUCAGAGUCUCUGAGAUGUCUUUGCUAGCGUCUUUGAUCUGUGAAGGAAGAAGAAGAGGACUGGUUGCAGGGUAAGACUGGCCCAGUCAGUAUUCAGGGCAAAUAUAUAUAUAUAUACUUUUUAAAGGUCAAUAUGUUUUUAAAAAAUCCUUUAUUUCCAUAGGUUUUGGGGGAACAGGUGGUGUUUGGUUACAUGAAUAAGUUCUUUAGUGGUGAUUUUGGAAAUUUUGGUGCACCCAUCUCCCAAACAAUAUACACUGUACCCAGUUUGUAGUUUCUUAUCCCUCACCCCCAUUCCAUCUUUCCCCCCAGUCUCCAAAGUCCAUUGUUUCAUUCUUACGCCUUUGCUUCCUCACAUGAUGUUUGGUUUUCCAUUCCUGAGUUACUUCACUCAGAAAAGUGAUCUCCAAUUUUAUCCAGGUUGCUACAAAUGCCAUUUUUUCGUUCCUUUUUAUGGCUGAGUAGUAUUCAAUGGUGCGUGUCUAUAUAUGUGUAUAUAUUAAUACACACACACACACACGUGUGCACACACAUAUGUAUACCACAAUUUCUUUAUCCACUCAUUGAUGGACAUUUGGGCUGGUUCCAUAGUUUUGCAUUUGUGAAUUGUGCUGCUAUAAACAUGAGUGUGCAAGUAUCUUUUUUGUAUAAUGACUUUUUUCCUCUGGAUCAGAUGGUAGUUCUACUUUUAGAUCUUUAAGGAAUCUCCACACUGUUUUCCCUAGUGGUUGUGCUAAUUUAAAUUCCCACCAGCAGUGUAAAAGUGUUCUCUUUUCACCAUAUGCCUGCCAGCAUCUAUUAUUUUUAUAAUUUUUUGACUGUGGCCAUUUUUGCAGGAGUAAGAUAGUAUCACAUCAUGGUUUUGAUUUGCAUUUCCCUGUUCAUUAGCAAUGUUGAACAUUUUUUCAUGUUUGUAUCCCUUAUCUUAGGAUGUAUUUGUGAGAGAGGCCCUCACUUGGAACUUGUUUGUAUUCUUACAUUUUUCACAAUUUCAGCGAGCUUGCUUACCUGGUGUUUAAGUCCACAGCUAACUAGAAGUGGCACUUUAGAGGCUUGGAGAAGGUAUAUUUAGGCCACCUACUCUCUGACAUUAUCAGUAUAGAGCACAGUUGAAACCUGAUGGGAAAAUAAUAAAAAGGUAUAAAAAGUAAAAACUGAUUAUAGUCUGGCAAUAGAAGGUAGAGAGGUAGCGGCAGCUGUGAACACCUUUGGAUGCCUGCAGCAUUGUAAUUCAUGGGCAUGGUGAUGGGUUAGACCAUGUCUCUUGUGAUUUAGGAAAGAUGGGGAAAAAGUAUUCUCAAAUGUCACAGAAAGCUCUCUAUGCUUAAUGGUUAACUUACAUUUUGUUGUUGUUUUGCUUAAAGAUACAAACUUUAGUUUUUUUAUGGUGGUCUAUUCCCCAGAGCUGAGGUUUUAGUGCACAUCUUAUUAAUCAGCCUUUCCCAUAAGCUCUCAAAAAUUAUUUGGACUAUUUUUUUCUUCCUUUAGGGAAGUUAUGAAGAGAAAGAAAAGACAGUGAGUGAUUUGUCAUCUUUUAGGAUAUAUGCGUAUAUAUAUAUAGCACAUUGCCCAGAAAAAAAAAUAUAUAUAUUUCCAACCCCCCCAAUUGGCUUAUUUGACUUUAAUAGUUCAGCAUGCUUUUUUGAGCCUCUACUGAAUGUUGUGUCCAUAACUGCAUAGCCAACUAAGACCUAAGAACACCACUGUCAGUUUAAAGUCAAUACUUUAAAUAUGUAUAGUUAAUAGAUUACUUAUAAUAUAGCAUUUAUGAAGUUCCUUGUAUCUAGAGACCCCCUGAUCGUUUGUGCUUGGAAGUGUGAAUAACCAGGGAAGGCAGUGACAUCAUCUGAUUCUAAAGUAAGUGUCUUAAGGGACUUACUUACAAAGGGACCUGUAAGUGCAGAGGCUUCAAUGUUGGAAAGGGCGUGGUAUAUUUGGAGAAGACUGGGAGGUAUAUGUGAUCAAAAUGCUCAAGGGAGAAUGGGGAAGGAAUCAGAAAGAAGAAAACAGUUAAAAUCCUCUCUCCUGGAGUGAUAAUUUUGUGGUCAGUGGCAUUCUACUUCCAACAACUUCCUGGCCAUCUGACGUUAGGUAGUUUACCUUGAUUUCCUCAUCUGUACAGUCAAUGGUGCUAACUGUGUCAGUGUCUAGGAGAGCUUUUCUAAGAACUAGAUGAGGAGAUACAGGGGUCUUGAGCACACCACUCAGAAUUAAGUCAUUCUCUCCUUUUUCUCGUUCUCCUCAGGACCCCUGGUGACAUCCUUGUUACUUUCAUCCUGACUGACAGAUGCUGAGUAGAGGCCUAGGAUUUGAUAGGAAGCGGCUGGCUUGGGAAUGCCUUUGAGUAAGCAACAUUUGGUUUGCUCCUUUCAGACAGGAGUUCUCCUUGAGAGCACCACACUCUAAACCUGGGUCACAUUUGUUCCAUGGGCUUCUAAAGCUAAUUCUGUAUUAUGUAGCACUUAUUUUAAUGUUCCAGUGGGUUAUCUCUUCACCUCAAAGAUUAAACUGAGAACUCCUUCUGGCAAGAAUGAAAGGAAAGGAAGAGGGGUUGUUGGCCAGCAAAAACAGAAUACAAGAGAAACUAGUGCCCAGAACGCCCACAUCAGCACACCACAUCCACUCCAAGGAGGCUUUUCAACCCCAAACAUCCAGCCAGGGAUUUUAGGUUUGGCCCUGGCAGAUUGAAAGACUCUCCAAGUUGGCCAACCCUCAUGGUGAACUCUUUGAGCGUGAUAGGCUGAAGGCAAUGGUAGGAACAGCCAAGAUGACUGGAUUCUAGUGUCGAAAGAGGAUGAGGUGAAACUAUUCAGAACAGAUGCAGACUGCUGCUGAAGGGAAAGGCAGAAGUGGGGAAGACUUUUUUCAAAAGAUCAUGGAGGAAACAAACACACAGAUUGCUUGGCCAUCAAAACUGAAGAUCGGAGCCAAAUCCAAGAAAGAAGGUCUGUGGCGAAAAGGCAGUUCACUGUUCCUUCUUGGCCCUGCCGGGUUGCAAGAUCCCCAUAUUAAGGUUUCUGGAAAGAAAGAAGAUGUUAAAGAAGCCAAGGAAAUGAUCAUGUCUGUCUUAGACACAAAAAGCAAUCGAGUCACAUUGAAGAUGGAUGUUUCACAUACAGAACAUUCGCAUGUAAUUGGCAAAGGUGGCAACAAUAUUAAAAAAGUGAUGGAAGAAACCGGAUGCCAUAUCCACUUUCCAGAUUCCAACAGGAAUAACCAAGCAGAAAAAAGCAACCAGGUUUCUAUAGCAGGACAACCGGCAGGAGUAGAAUCUGCCCGAGUUAGAAUUCGGGAGCUGCUUCCUUUGGUGCUGAUGUUUGAGCUACCAAUUGCUGGAAUUCUUCAACCGGUUCCUGAUCCUAAUUCCCCUUCUAUUCAGCAUAUAUCACAAACGUACAAUAUUUCAGUAUCAUUUAAACAGCGUUCCCGAAUGUAUGGUGCUACUGUCAUAGUACGAGGGUCUCAGAAUAACACUAGUGCUGUGAAGGAAGGAACUGCCAUGCUGUUAGAACAUCUUGCUGGGAGCCUAGCAUCAGCAAUUCCUGUGAGCACACAACUAGAUAUUGCAGCUCAGCAUCAUCUCUUUAUGAUGGGUCGAAAUGGGAGCAACAUCAAACAUAUUAUGCAGAGAACGGGUGCUCAGAUCCACUUUCCCGAUCCCAGUAAUCCACAAAAGAAAUCCACCGUCUACCUCCAGGGCACCAUUGAGUCUGUCUGUCUUGCAAGGCAAUAUCUCAUGGGUUGUCUUCCUCUUGUGUUGAUGUUUGAUAUGAAGGAAGAAAUUGAAGUAGAUCCACAAUUCAUUGCACAGUUGAUGGAACAGCUCGAUGUCUUCAUCAGUAUUAAACCAAAGCCCAAGCAGCCAAGCAAGUCUGUGAUUGUGAAAAGUGUUGAGCGAAAUGCCUUAAAUAUGUAUGAAGCAAGGAAAUGUCUCCUCGGACUUGAAAGCAGUGGGGUUACCAUAGCAACCAGUCCAUCCCCAGCAUCCUGCCCUGCCGGCCUGGCAUGUCCCAGCCUGGAUAUCUUAGCUUCAGCAGGCCUUGGACUCACUGGACUAGGUCUUUUGGGUCCCACCACGUUAUCUCUGAAUACUUCAACAACCCCAAAUUCACUCUUGAAUGCUCUUAAUAGCUCAGUCAGUCCUCUGCAGAGUCCAAGUUCUGGUACACCCAGCCCCACAUUAUGGGCACCCCCACUUGCUAAUACUUCAAGUGCCACAGGUUUUUCUGCUAUACCACACCUUAUGAUUCCAUCUACUGCCCAAGCCACAUUAACUAAUAUUUUGUUGUCUGGAGUGCCCACCUAUGGGCACACGGCUCCAUCUCCCCCUCCUGGCUUGACUCCUGUUGAUGUCCAUAUCAACAGUAUGCAGACCGAAGGCAAAAAAAUCUCUGCUGCUUUAAACGGACAUGCACAGUCUCCAAAUAUAAAAUAUGGUGCAAUAUCCACUUCAUCACUUGGAGAAAAAGUGCUGAGUGCAAAUCAUGGUGAUCCAUCCAUCCAGACAAGUGGGUCUGAGCAGGCAUCUCCCAAAUCAAGCCCUACUGAAGGUUGUAAUGAUGCUUUUGUUGAAGUAGGCAUGCCUCGAAGUCCUUCCCAUUCUGGAAAUGCUGGUGACUUGAAACAAAUGAUGUGUCCCUCCAAGGUUUCGUGUGCCAAAAGGCAGACGGUGGAGCUAUUGCAAGGCACGAAAAACUCACACUUACACAGCACUGACAGGUUGCUCUCAGACCCUGAACUGAGUGCUACGGAAAGCCCUUUGGCUGACAAGAAGGCUCCAGGGAGUGAGCGCGCUGCAGAGAGGGCAGCAGCUGCCCAGCAAAACUCCGAAAGGGCCCACCUUGCCCCACGGUCAUCAUAUGUCAACAUGCAGGCAUUUGACUAUGAACAAAAGAAGCUGUUAGCCACCAAAGCUAUGUUAAAGAAACCAGUGGUGACGGAGGUCAGAACACCCACAAAUACCUGGAGUGGCCUGGGGUUUUCUAAAUCCAUGCCAGCUGAAACUAUCAAGGAGUUGAGAAGGGCCAAUCAUGUGUCCUAUAAGCCCACAAUGACAACCACUUAUGAGGGCUCAUCAAUGUCCCUUUCACGAUCCAACAGUCGCGAGCACUUGGGAAGUGGAAGCGAAUCUGAUAACUGGAGAGACCGAAAUGGAAUUGGACCCACAAGUCAUAGUGACUUUGCAGCUUCUAUUGGCAGCCCUAAGCGUAAACAAAACAAAUCAACGGAACACUAUCUCAGCAGUAGCAAUUACAUGGACUGCAUUUCCUCGCUGACAGGAAGCAAUGGCUGUAACCUAAAUAGCUCUUUCAAAGGCUCUGACCUCCCUGAGCUCUUCAGCAAACUGGGCCUGGGCAAAUACACAGAUGUCUUCCAGCAACAAGAGAUCGAUCUUCAGACAUUCCUCACUCUCACAGAUCAGGAUCUGAAGGAGCUGGGAAUAACAACUUUUGGUGCCAGGAGGAAAAUGCUGCUUGCAAUUUCAGAACUAAAUAAAAACCGAAGAAGGCUUUUUGAAUCGCCAAACGCACGCACCUCUUUCCUGGAAGGUGGAGCAAGUGGAAGGCUACCCCGUCAGUAUCACUCAGACGUUGCUAGUGUCAGUGGCCGCUGGUAGCAGUGCCCUCUCGGCACAUGCCAGCCAACUAACUAUAAAGGUGGACACAGGAGAUUUGUGAACAGCCUUCACAGCACACCGUCCUCAGCACUCUGGGUGUCUGGUAUCAGGACCAAAGCAUCUUAUUCGCACCUGUACUUUAUGGCAAAAAGGAAAAAAAGAGAAGAUGUUCUCAUGAUGUCAUACAAAACGCCAAAUGUGGAUUACUUUAAAAUGGCAGUUGGACAGAAUUUGCAAUAUGGGGAUAGGGCUUUAUUUCCUGUUUUAUUACCUAUAUAACAUAUGCACUGAUUUUUUUUUAAUGAAGGAUGAAUUGACAUCUGGGAUGCCAGAAAACUUAGAAGUUAUUUUGUUUGCUUGUUUCAUUUUGGUAUUUGGGGAUUUUUAAAAAAAUAAUCAAAGUGGAAUUUUCUGGUACUGCUUUAAAAUGAGUAUUGCGGUCUUUCAGCACUUUACACGUUCUAAUUUCUUGUCCUGUGGAAAUUCUCACUGUCUCCAUCUCUCUCUCCCAUUUUCGUGUCACCAAAUAUGUUGGUACAGAUCAGAUUUAGUCACAUUUUUCUGACUACAUCAAACUUUCAUUUGAAAUGGUACUGGAUCUUAGUUUCUGUGCAGAGUACUCCAUGGCUUUGGGAAAUGUAAGUGAGUUCACUUGAUUCUGGACCAAUUCUGUUUCAUGUAUGUUAGCAUCCUAGAAACACUUAGCAAUGGACCUAGUUCAUGGUAAUAGGUGCAAAGAAAGACCAAAUGGACUUUGCAGUAUUAACCCUUUGCAGUCGUCAUAUUUAGCUGCUGCCUGUAAUGCUAAAAUGAUUUUAAUGGUUGUCUGGAGGCAAGGGGCUGUUUUUUAGUAUAUUGCCACUAAAGGACAUUUAUUUAUAUCAAACUUUUAUUUUUAGAUAUUAUAAGCAUACAGUACAUAAUUGAUGAAAUUGAUAUUUACUAGAGAUUUAUGGUAGAGAGUGGAUGACAUUCAAUAACUGGAGCCCUAGAUUGUCACUUUAUUUAAAAAGACAAAAUCAUCUGACAAGACAGCACUGUUGCCAUUAUGAGGAGAAACAGAUUACAAUCCUUAUGUACAUGUUAGCUAUGUUCCAUAUGGCCACAGGACUCUAAAACCCUGUCUGUCUGCUUGAAGUAGACUUAUGUUUGUUGAGAAUGAACAGGCUUAUUUGAGUCUCCAGGGUGGCAGUUUAUAAAGGUAAGUAAGUUCUGAAGGAAAAAGAUGUUUAAGUGGCUAGAUUCAUUAUUACAAUGUUAUACUGUGAAAGUCCAAGAAAUCAGGCAACAUUGUUUCCUGGGUCUUUUCAGAGACCUUAACGGAUUUAUGAAGUGUUUUUAAUCCAUGAAGAAAAUCACUAAAGUGCCUUUCUUUCUUCAAAGCAAUAUUAUUUCCAAGUAUAUUAAUUUGUUAGAAAACUUUCCCAUGGGAAAUGUUAAGUUACCUGUACUGUAAAGAGUUAUUUAUGUUCAGUAGUCAAGAUUUUCUACAUGGACAUAAACCACUCUCAUGUGCUCUCAGUAGAAGGCAUUAGAUAAGCAUAUACAAGAGUUGGGUUCUUUUAUACAAACAUGGGAUUAGAAAUACUUGGCUGGCAUUUUUUCAUUGCUGAAUCACACCAUUAAAGAACAAGAACUGAAGAGGCAUUUUGUACACAGAAAAAAAUUUCCCUUUAAAAAAUGGUAUUGGCUACUUUGAAGGCAUAGAUAAUGGGCAUGUCAUAAAACUAUCAGUUAUAACUGGCACUGAGGGCCUGCCGUUUUUAAACUAAACUAAGCCUUAUCUGCUUAAGGAUGUUGAACAAAAUCACUCCCUUUAGUCAUCCUGUGCAUAUGCGUACAAAUGGUCUUGUGGAUCAUGUGACGAACAUCCAUCUUAUUUGAUUGUAUUAAUGCAUCAUGAUAAACAUUUAGUACAGGUUAAUUCCAGAUUUGUGUCCUGUUCAACAACUCAGGACUCUAAAUGUUGUUAGGUCUUUAUUAAGACCUUCCCAGAUAAUAAUCAUUUGGAGCUCUUUUCCCAGCUCUCUACCAUGCAUUUGCAACAGGAGGAAGAUGGAAUGAAUAUGCAGUAUUAAGUUGAUGUAGCUUUUAUGAACAGUGCUUUGAUAUGCCAAAGGGAAAACUGUCCCACUUAAAUUAGAUUAAAUACAGUGGCUAAAAAUAAAAACACUGGAAAUUAUUUCUCUCACUUUCUCUUGAUGCAAUGAAGGGAAUAUGACACUACAGUAUACAGAGUUGUUAUAUGAUGCACAAAAUAUUUUGAUGAUUUGAAUAAAUGUUAACUUUUAAUCUCUGCCUUAAUAAUGACUGACUGGUUAUCUGUAAAUAUAGAACAGAUACAGAUUGUAUUUUUGUGUGGGUAUUUGUCCUUUUAGUGAUUUUUUUUUCCCAAAAAUAAGAGAUGGAAUUAACAUUGAAAAUGGGAAUUUUUUUCUAACCAAAUCAAUUGUUACAUGAAAAAUAAAUUUAUAUAACCCCUUUGUAUUGUUCUUGCUA